AUGUACGAAGGGAUUGACAACCUGAAAUCCCUUUACGACCGUGCCGGGAAGACUUUCUCCGGCGGUCCUUCUGCGGCACAGGAUGUGCCGCGUCGUACUGCUCAACCAGACCCAGUACGUCGAUUAUCAGUUGGGAGCGGGGCUCCCAAGUAUCCCAGGACGGGGGAUAGCCGCGCCACCGGACGAGAUAACUCGUCCGACGUCCGUUCACGUCGCGGUGGUUCAACAGCUGCUCAACUAGAUAGCGCUGGCCACCGCGAGAGUCCUCUAAUGGAGGUGGAGGAGGAGGAAAGACGCUCUCCACACGAUCAUGUGGAUCGGUGUGUUCCCGAGAGCUUCUUUGAUCGCGUAACGCAAGAGUUACGCGACGAUCUCGAGCAUGAGCGGGACAGGCGUCUCCAAAUGGCGGACACUGUCUCAAAGCAUCGAGCUGAGUUUGCCUUUGCUCAGCUUGAGAACGAGAGAUCUCUGACAUCUCUUCGUGACGAGCUAAGGGUAGCUCGUGGGAUUGUUGAUCGGUCUCGGGCUGAGAUAACUGCUCUUCAGACUCUUGUUGAUGCCCACCAUCGGGAGCACAAGGCUCUCUGCGAGAUGCUUGAGCGCAAGGGCGUUCUUCAUCGUAAGAAGAAGCGUACUGAUGGUACGGCUUAA